CGGGCCGCCUCUCUGAGGUGACAGGUGCCUCUGUGCCAGUCGGCAUCUGGCUGGCGGCGGGAGAGGAUGCUGGAGGUGCUCCCUGUCUCUGGUGUCACCGUGCUCGGGGUCCUGCUGGCUCUCCUGGCCGGGCUGCUGGCGAGAAGCCUCCUUUCCAGGGGACCCCAGAGCCACCCGCCUCCUCCAUGCCUGCGGGGCUGGAUACCCUGGCUGGGGGUCGCCUUAGAGAUGGGGAAAGCCCCCCUGGAUUUCAUAGAGAGAGCCAGGCAGCAGCAUGGUCCGGUCUUCACAGUGAUCGCGGCAGGGAACAGGCUUACAUUUGUGAGUGGGGAUGAAGGAAUAUCUGCCUUUUUCACAUCCAAGAAUGUAGACUUCCCGCAGGCUGUGCAGAAACCUGUCCAGUAUACAGCUUCCAUUAAGAAGAAAAACUUCUUUAAGUCGCACAGCGCGAUCCACGAGAUGAUGAAGUUGAGGUUGUCGCAGAACAGGCUGAAGUAUCACAUAACCCAUCUGUGCAAUGAGUUCACUGUACACCUGGGCCGGCUGGGUUCUCAGGGCACCGUGGAUCUCUAUGACUUGGUAAGGCGUGUCAUGUAUCCUGCCGUGGUGGACACCUUGUUUGGAAAAGGAAUGUGCCCUACUAGUGAUGACACUAUAAAGGAAUUUGAGGAGCAUUUCCGCAGGUUCGAUGAAGGCUUUGAGUAUGGCUCACAGAUACCGGAGUGGUUUUUAAGAGAUUGGUCCCAGUCCAAACAGUGGUUAUUGAAUUUGUUUAAACUUAUUGUAUCUGAAGCUGAACAAAAUAAACCUGUAGAGGACAAUGCUAAGACACUGCUGCACCAUCUGCUGGACACUCUCAGCGGGAAUUCCACUUAUAACAACAGCCUGCUGCUGCUGUGGGCAUCCCAGGCGAAUGCCAAUCCUAUAGCAUUUUGGGCACUUGCGUUCAUUAUUUCGGAGCCCGACGUUUACAAGGAGGCCAUGAAGGAGAUUAAGUCUGUGUUUGGUACUGCAGAUAAACAUCAGUUACAGAUAACGGAAGCAGAACUGAAGAGUCUUCCAUACAUCAAGUCUUGUAUCCUGGAGGCCAUACGACUGAGACCGCCAGGAGCCAUUACCAGGAAAGUGCUUCAUCCUUUACACCUUUAUAAUUACGAGAUUCCUUCCGGGGACUUGUUGAUGUUGUCGCCCUAUUGGCUUCACCGGGACCCAAAGCGCUUUCCUGAACCGGAAAAGUUUAGGCCCGAACGUUGGAACAGAGCAAAUAUAGAGAAGAAUGUUUUCCUAGAUGGGUUUGUAGCCUUUGGCGGAGGAAAAUAUCAGUGUCCCGGCAGGUGGUUUGCGUUGAUGGAAAUCCACAUGCUAGUAGUUUUGAUCCUUUACAAGUUUGACUUCCAGCUGCUGGAUCCCUUCCCUAAAGAGAGUAAUCUACACUUAGUGGGAACUCAGCAGCCUGACGGUCCUUGUCGUGUUCUGUAUAAACAAAGAGCAUGAAGAUAAAACCUCCAGAACAGUUUUAAACGUGGUCCUUGUCCAUAGGAAGCCAUCAUAUAAAUCAUAUCUCCAUGUCCCUACUUUGUCCCUGUCCAUAGUACUGUGAAGUCUAAUUACUCAUCAUUUCCACCUGUGUUCCCAAGGUGGCCAACCAAGGAAGUUCCGUGGCCCAUUAAACCCCACAACUCUCACCCUACACUUUCUGUGCAGACGUCCAGUAACUUCUGUUUUACGGACUUUGAUCUGGCUGAAUCUGAAUUUGCAUUGAAUUUGAUUGGGCAGCAGACUCCUCUGUCCUUCCUUUUCCAGUUAUAGUACCCCAAGGCGGAUGUGGUUCAAUGGGUCAACCCUAACUAGGUCGACCACUAUUGGUUGACAGUGACUAGGUCGACACCUGAAAUAGGUCGACACAGUCAUUAGGUACACAUGGAAAAGGUCAACAUGGGAAAAGGUCGACAUGAGGGUUU